AUGUCAUAUUCGCCAACAUUGAACGAUAUUGAACGAAUAAAACAUUUUUUUUUUCGCCAAGAUUUUGGAAAAAUACCUCGAGAUAGACCAGAAUGGUCAUCAUCGAGUGAUACUCGAGUAAUACAUUAUUUUCUUGAUAAACAUAUUUUAUAUUCAAAAUUAAAAGAAAAUAUUACUGAAACAACAUAUAAUGCGUAUUGGAAUAAUGAAAAUGACUCACAAAUAUCACUAAGAAAUACAAACAGAAUUCAAUUUCAAAUGUUAACACAUGUUUUAAGUCAAAUGAAACAAACACAUGAAUCAAAAAUAGAGAUGUUGGAAGAAUGUCGUUCACGUUACGAUGGCCAACAAACCAAGAAUGAAGUUCAACUGAAAAACAUUGAUAAAUUUGAACGUGAAUAUACACCUGAUCAAGCUAUUCAUUGGUAUACAAGUGAUUGUUUCUUAUAUCGCAUUGUCAAUUAUAUGUGUCGAACAGAAGAUAUUGAUUUACUAUAUUCACUAAGAUAUUAUAUGAUUGAUCUUCUUCAACAACUAAAACAAUUGCAUUUGACAUCACCUGUUGUCACACCAGUGAUAGUCUAUCGAGGUCAGUUAAUGAACAUAAAUGAAUUACAAAAGUAUCACGUUGAUGAAUACUAUUGUACAAAUACAUUUAUGUCAACAACACAAUCGCAAGAUGUUGCUUUGAUGUUUGCUGGUGAUGAAAAUAGUGAUAAAGAACGAGUUCUGUUUUGUAUCAAAAUUGAUACACAUGAAAAUAUGGUACCAUUUGCAAUGAUAAAAGAUUUCACUACAUUUUCGAGUGAAGAUGAAAUUUUACUAUCUAUCGGUUUUACAUUUCGAAUUUGUUCUGUUCAAAAAUCGUCUACCGAUAAUAUUUGGAUUAUAGAGAUGGUAGCCGUUGCUGACACAAGUGGUAUGACAGUUGAAAUGAAAAAUAAAAUCGAUCAAUUUCAUAUUAAUAUUCAAUCUACUCCAGCAUUGUUGAUGUUAGGCGACUUGUUAUUAGAAAUGAAUGAAGAUCAGAAAGCAGAACGGUAUUAUCGAAUGUUUGUUGACACAGAAUCAAAGGAUGUAAUGCAACUAGUCACCGCAUAUCAAGGUAUUGGUUGUGCUUGUCUAAGACAAUGUCAGUAUGCGACUGCAUUAGAAAAUUAUGAAUUAGCGUUGAAAAUUUCUUGUCAAAAUUUAGAUAAUAAUAUUAAUCUAUCAUCGAUUAUAACUAUUUAUAAAAAUAUUGCCCAAGUUCAUCUAUCUAUGACCAAUUACAAAUCUGCUUUGAAUUACUAUGAAGCAUGUCUGAUCUUCAUGAAACAAUCACCACAUAUACCCAAUAAACACCAUUCAUGGAAUAAUUUUCCUCUAUCGGUGACAAAGGCGAUCAUUGGUGAUUUAACAUUGGAAUUAUAUUUUAAACAUUGUAAACGAAAUUGUAUACCAACAUUGAUCUGCAUUACUAUAUAUAUAUUUACACCUGAAACUUGGUCAAAAAUUAUUGGUAUUGGUUUGACAUUAUAUCAGCAUAUAUUUUUCAGUUAUGGAAAUUAUUAUGUAUUUGCUUUUUUCAUUGGUAUACCAUUAUUUGGAUCGAACAGAAAUCUAUUAGGGUUGUUCUAUAACAUUACAAUACAGGCUUACCUAGCGAUGGUGCGUGAUAAGAAGCCAAAUCCACCAUUGUAA